AUGAGAGCGCCUGGUGCAUUUGAAAACUCCGGCGGGCGGCGGGCGGGUCUGCGCCUGCGUGGGGAGUCGCGCUCUGGGCCGGCAGGCGGCACUGGCAGAGAUACCGGCGACGGCAGCGACGGCAGCCACGGUUAUGGGGAGCGGAGGCGGUGUGCCAAGUGUUUCUGUUAUCCUACAAAGCGGAGAAUAAGAAGGAGACCCCGAAACCUAACGAUCUUGAGUCUCCCUGAAGAUGUGCUCUUUCAUAUCCUGAAAUGGCUUUCUGUUGGAGACAUCCUCGCUGUCCGAGCUGUGCACUCCCACCUGAAGUACCUGGUGGAUAACCAUGCCAGCGUGUGGGCAUGUGCCAGCUUCCAGGAGCUGUGGCCUUCUCCAAAGAACCUGAAGCUCUUUGAAAGGGCUGCCGAAAAAGGGAAUUUUGAAGCUGCUGUGAAGCUGGGCAUAGCCUACCUCUACAAUGAAGGCCUGUCUGUGUCUGAUGAGGCCCGGGCGGAAGUGAACGGGCUGAAGGCCUCUCGCUUCUUCAGUCUCACGGAGCGCCUGAAUGUGGGCGCCGCGCCCUUCAUCUGGCUCUUCAUCCGCCCACCUUGGUCGGUGUCCGGAAGCUGCUGCAAGGCCGUGGUUCACGAGAGCCUCAGGAUGGAGUGCCAGCUGCAGAAAACUCACAGAGCGUCCAUACUGCACUGCUUGGGGAGAGUGCUGAGUCUUUUUGAGGAUGAAGAGAAACAGAAGCAGGCCCGGGACCUGUUUGAAGAGUCUGCUAAUCAGGGGUGUUUGACCAGCUCGUACCUCCUCUGGGAAAGUGACAGAAAGAUGGAUAUGUCAGAUCCCGGACGAUGCCUCCACAGCUUCCGGAAACUCAGGGACUUUGCUGCCAAAGGCUGCUGGGAAGCACAGCUGUCUCUAGCCAAAGCCUGUGCACACGGAAACCAGCUCGGACUGGAAGCGAAAGCCUCCAACGAGAUAGUCUGCCAGCUGUUCCAGGCCUCCCACGCUGUCAGUAAGCAGAGGGUCUUCUCUGUGCAGAAGGGACUCAAUGACACAAUGAGGUACAUUCUCAUCGAUUGGCUGGUAGAGGUUGCAACCAUGAAGGACUUCUCGAGCCUGUGCCUUCACCUGACCGUGGAGUGCGUGGACCGGUACCUGCGGAGGCGGUUGGUGCCCCGGUACAGGCUCCAGCUGCUGGGCAUCGCCUGCAUGGUCAUGUGCACCCGGUUCAUCAGCAAAGAGAUCCUGACGAUCCGGGAGGCUGUGUGGCUCACAGACAACACGUACAAAUACGAGGACCUGGUGAGGAUGAUGGGAGAGAUCAUCUCUGCCUUGGAAGGGAAGAUUCGAGUCCCCACUGUGGUCGAUUACAAGGACGUCCUGCUGACGCUGGUCCCCAUGGCGCCAAGAACCCAGCACCUGUGCAGCUUCCUCUGUGAGCUCUCCCUGCUGCACACCAGCCUGGCCGCCUAUGCCCCGGCCCACCUGGCUGCAGCCGCCCUGCUCCUGGCGAGGCUGACACAUGGGCAGACACAGCCCUGGACCACUCGGUUAUGGGACCUCACUGGGUUCUCCUGUGAAGACCUCAUCCCCUGUGUCUUAAGCCUUCAUCAAAAGUGCUUCCAUGACGAUGCCCCCAAGGACUACAGGCAGGUCUCUCUCACUGCCGUGAAGCAGCGAUUCGAGGACAAGCGAUACGAAGAGAUCAGCCAGGAAGAGGUGCUGAGCUACGGCCAGUUGUGUGCAACUCUAGGGGUGAAACAAGAGAGCCCAGAACCCGCGUCUUUCCUCAGCACAGGGGACAUUCACACCUUCCUCAGCUCUCCCUCUGGAAGGAGAACCAAGCGGAAACGGGAGAACAGCCUCCAGGAGGACAGGGGCAGCUUCGUCACCACGCCGACCGCAGAGCUGUCCAGCCAGGAGGAGACACUGCUGGGCAGCUUCCUGGACUGGAGCCUGGACUACUGCUCCGGCUACGAGGGCGACCAAGAGAGCGAGGGCGAGAAGGAGGGCGAUGUGACAGCUCCCAGCGGUGUCCUCGAUGUCACUGUGGUCUACCUGAACCCGGAACAGCACUGCUGCCAGGAAUCAAGCGAUGAGGAGGCCUGCCCGGAGGAGGAGGGGCGUCAGGACACACAGGCGUCAGCACCAGGCAGCCAGACACCUUGGACCCCAGGGCUCGAGCGCUCUCUGUGCAGCAGGAGGGGGGCAGGCAAGGACAUAACGACCUCAGGGUACUCCUCUGUCAGCAGCACAAGUCCCACAAACUCCGCAGAUGGCUUGGGGGGCCUUGCCCGAUCUACCUCAGUACUGUCCCCGGGCAGCGACUUGAACACACAGCCUUGCCACCAUCACGCGAGGAAGUCGUGUGUACAGUGUCGUCCCCCAAGCCCCCCGGAGAGCUGUGCUCCCCAGCAACAGGUGAAGAGGAAAAACCUGUCCGCCCACAAUGAGGAGGAGGAGGACAUGAACUUGGGCUUUUUGAAGCUGUGAGUGUGUCAGUGCGUUUGCUGCAGUGAAUGUUGGCUGAAGUGAAUGUUUGCUGAGGCAGGGCUGCUGUUGCACUAGCAAGGGGGAGGGGGGCGCUGGAGAUGGAUCCCUGUAGACUCCUGGUGGCAGUCACACGGAAUAGAAAGGAGAACUUGGGGCAGUAAGUUUCUUUCUCUAGGGGAGCCCACUGUGAGCCAUCAGAAUGUCUAAAUCACAACAAAAACUCAGUUCCUUCUCUCUGGAAAGUUUAGCCUCAAAGCAAUCAUGCCAUACUGUGUGAAGCCUAUUUCUCUGUCCCCUCCCAUGUUUGUCCUGCUUUCUCUGGGAAACUUAAGCCCACGUCCUGAACUUCCCAGCCCCACGGAGCCCCAGGCACCGCGGGAGCUGAGAGCUUUCACAGCUGAGAACAUGUGUGACCCAGGUAUCCUGGCACAGCUCACCCCCUCCCACAUUUAUCUGGUUCGGGGUUCCACGGGGAGCCAAUAGCUCUGAGCACACCAUCCCUGCGCCCACAUUGGCCUGGCCUGCCCUGCCCCAGGCAGCCGUUCCUUUCCUCACUGGGUGGUGGGUCCUAUCGUGAGGGAACUCUGCCCCACGGAUCGUUUCGGACUGCGUGUGAAUACCGGGUGAGUGGGCCCUGACAUUUUUGCAGGCCAGGGCCUUGAUGUCUUGGUCACAGGCUCUCUUCCUCCCAUAUUCUCAGCUCAUUUUAGAAAUCUGCCCCUUCUCCUGUGAUGGUUUGUCUGUGUCCCCAACAGAUGAUGUCCGUAUGAACAUCGGAAUGUCUGGGCCAUUUCUUUCCCUGUCUUUAUUUCCAUCCUCCAUCCCUCUAAGAUAAAAAACAAAAGAAAAAUUAAAAAUAGAAGAUAUGAGGGCUUCCCUGGUGGCGCAGUGGCUAAGAAUCCACCUGCCAAUGCAGGGGACACGGGUUCGAGCCCUGGUCCGGGAAGAUCUCACGUGCCUCAGAGCAACUAAGCCCGUGCGCCGUAACUACUAAGCCUGCGCUCUAGAGCCCGCGAGUCACAACUACUGAAGCCUGCGGGCCUAGAGCCCGUGCUCCACAGCAAGAGAAGCCACCACAUCAAGAAGCCCGCGCACCUCAAGGAAGGGUAGCCCCCGCUCGCCGCAACUAGAGAAGAGCCCGCGCACAGCAACAAAGACCCAGCAC